GUCUAUGCUCCGGCGUACCUAAAAAUUGUAGUUUGCAAAAAAUGGACUAUUUUAAUUAAAUUCAUCUUCAAAGUUAAACGCCAAAAUAUUUUUUAUUUAUCAGAGCAUAAUAAAAUUUAAAAAAAAGGCAAAUCGUAUUUCGAUGUUAAGUAAUUGACAGGAUUUUAAAAAUUAACCCAUCUGACAAUGUGUUAUAGACUUCCGCUUCAAAGGAUCAUCAUCCACCAAACGUCGCCCUAUUGGCGUACUUUUGCGACCGUAAUUCCCUCAAAGAAUACCAGUGCCGAUAAAAAGGCACCCAAACCGGAUCCUAAGAAGGGUAAGAAUUCAGAAGAAGGAUCCAAGAAACCAUCCUCCAGAAAAGUUUCAAUCAUCGGCGUGGGUCAUACAGGCUCAGCAUGUGCCGCGUCUCUCAUACAUCGGAAGCUUGCCACCGAGGUUUGCCUGAUCGACCAGGAUGAAAAGAAAGUUAAGGGCGAGAAAAUGGAUCUUAGACAAAUCGCGACAUAUUUCAAUAACGUCAAAGUAUACGGCGGAACUGACUUCAAACAAACCGCAAACUCGAAAAUUAUUAUAAUAGCCGCCGCUGCCCCACAUGGAAAGAAGGAUAAGGAACCCUCAAAAGAUGGCAAAACUUCAAAAGGCUCAGCGGAAUCCAAGGCACUAAAGGACCCAAAAGACUUAAAAGACGCGAAGAAAAAGGAUCCUAAGAAAUCUAAAGACUCCAAAGAUUCUGACGAUGAGAAAUCCACCAAAAGCAUGGAAAGAACAAAAGGUACUAAAAGUGAUGAAUCUAAAAUGCAGAAAGAUGCUCCUCCGGUAUGUCCGAGUUUCGGGAAAACUUCGAUAUGCGGAGAUAGAUCAAAAGAUUCGAAAGAUGAAAAGGAUGGGAAGAACGCAAAGAGUUUAAAAGGUGGAAAAGAUAAAAAGAGCUCAGAUGGGCGAAAGGAAUACCUUCAAAAAACUGCCGAAAUUCACAAAGAAAUCGUCAAGAAAGUGAUGGAGCACAAUAAGAAUGCCAUCAUUAUUGUGGCACAUCCUGAGGCUAAAUUAGCGUACGAAACCUGGAAGGAAUCAAAGUUACCCAAGAAUAGAGUAAUUGGCACCGGUACAAUGAUAGAUACGGCUCAGUUCCGAACCCUUUUAUCGAAGAAGCUGUGCGUGCCACAGUCCGAGAUAGUGGGCUGGAUUUUGGGUGACCACGGCAAAAAGAGCGUUGCAAUUUGGUCGAGUGUAGGCAUUAAGGGGAUUAAAGCUCGUGACCUUGAUCCCGAGGUUGGCAAAGGUGACGACUGGCAAAAAAUUCAUAAAGACGCAUCUGGAGGGCAAAAGCAGAUAGCAUCCUACAAAGGACAUACAUGUUGGGGGACUGCGAAUUGUGUAGCUGAAUUGGUUUCUGAUAUAUUCAAUAAUACUGGACGUAUUCGACCUGUGGCCGUCUCUGCUUCGGAGUAUUUAAACAGGGAUAAAGAUGUUUUCAUGUCGCUGCCGUGUGUAAUAAACAGAAAUGGAGUCAAAAACAUUUUACAGGUCAAACUAGACCCAGAAGAAGAGAAAGCUCUCUGCACCAUGGCAGAAAAAAUCACAUCAGGGUCUAAAGAUAACAAUAAAUCUGCCAAAUCAAAAGACAGCGGAAAAGCCGAACCUAAGGUGUGCCAAUAACACAUUAGGAACUCUAAAGUUAAAUCAACAGUUAGUAGUAAUAUGACUAGUGAGUAAGGAAUGCUUUAUUUAUUAAAAAUAUUUAAAAACAAAUAUUGGUUCAGAGUGUAGUCAGAUGAGCAAAAUUAAAUUGAAAUAAAAGAUUGAAAUAUUGGA